AUGGGCGCUUUCGAUUACACGCAGGUAUGGACUAGAACACGGUUGCAAUGUAACGGCACAAGAAUCAAGCUAGGUCGUAGCGCAAUUGAGUCGAUGGCAACCGGACGUGGGCGCGCUUUGGUGGAGCGAAGCCAGCCGCAUCUCAUUUUCGGUAAUCUCCGAAAGCUCUCUUACUUCGACCACGACCACGACGGACAGCCUGUAUACUACCAACAUUCGUCCGCAGCUGCCAAGGCGGUCUGCAAUCGUGCACCAUAUUUAUACGAUCUUUGUACCAAAGGAAAUACGAGCCUCGUUUAUACCAUUGCCGUUUUAAGCUCUUAUUCAGAACGGUUUACAGCCGGUUCAAACAUCGUCUUCACCCUAAGCCCAAAAGAACGUAAAUCCCACCUACAAUUGACGCUGGAACUAGUCAUUGCCCUUUACCUUUGUACAAGAAAGAUAAGGAAGGGCUGUAGCUAUAGGCUCUUCUCUCGCCAGAUCGUCCUAUUCAUUUGUCCAGUGGAUCUUUGCCAACUAAUUUGUGAGCAACCUCGAUGUAAACUCACGACUGAGGUUGCCAUUUCUUGCUCCGAAUUUAUCCCUAAAUAGUACCGCCGUCAACUGAUUCAUGUGGCCCGCCUAGCUCAAUCGGAUAG